AUGAGAGGAACCAAAACUGAGCGCGAUCGAUCUAAACCCCUACGGCGACGAAGCAUUGUGCUCGUCUUUAAGCUCGCGGUGUCGACGACGAAAUCGAAGCGGCUCUUCAGAGAAAUGUUACAAAGAAAGACAGGGAAAACGAAGGUUGAGUAUAAUGUGAUGAAAUAUGCAGAAAGUCGAGAAGGCUUUGACGAGAGUAGUUGGGCUAUAGAGUUGCAACGAAUGUGGAGAUUAAGGCUCGAUUUGUGGAGGAAGCUCCUAAGCUGCCCAAAUUUGCUCAGAAAAAGGUGA